AAUAGAAAAAAGGUGGUGGUUAAACUGUAACAAAGAAUCGUUAGGAUAUAUAAGCGUCAUCGAAGAUCAUCUUCUCAGUUCAGUUGGACUCUUCAGUAAUAAACACACAACACAAAAAAUAAUGGAACAUCUAAAGUUCGCGUGCCUGGUUUUGGCGCUUUUUAUCAGUGAAAGAGUGUCGGGGGGACUUCUUCCAGACGGUGGAACUGGAGGUUAUCAAUAUAAUCGACCAAAUAUUGGAUUUGGUGGCUUUAAUAAUGGAGUAUUUGGAGGAAGACCCUCGUCAGCAUAUGGUGUUCCUGGUUUUGGAAUAAAUAAUGGUUACAAUGGACAACUUGGAAAUGGUUAUAAUGGAAGACUUGGUGGUUAUUAUGGAACGCCUGGUUACAAUGGUGGUUAUCAAGGAAAUGGUGCCUACCAAGGUUAUCCCGGUGAUGGUAGAUAUAAUCAAGGAUAUGAUAACGGCGACAACGGCAGACCACAGCCGUACAGUUUUCAAUAUGAGGUACGUGAUCCACCGAGUGGCAACGACUAUGGCCAACAAGAGAGCAGCGAUGGAAAUGUCGUUCGAGGCGAAUACCGAGUUUUGCUGCCCGAUUCGAGAACUCAAAUCGUAAAAUAUACAGCUUCCGAUGUGAAUGGUUACAACGCAGAUGUUCAAUAUGAGGGUCAAGCCCAGUUCCCGAGAGGUGGUGUUGGUGCUGGUGGUAGUGGCGGUGUUGGUGUUGGUGGAACAACGGGAGGGUCUUUCCCAAUUGGUGGUCCCGGGUAUCAAGGAGGAUUUGGUGGUGGAUACCAGGGUGGGAGGGGUGGAUUUGGAGGACCUGCAGGUGGAUUUGGGGGCGGAAUCUUUGGAGGUGGGCCGAGCAACCAAUACUUACCUCCCGACAAUGGAUAUGGAAAAUAAUAAACAAUGAGGCGAUAAUUUAUUUAUUUAUUUUUGUUUUUCAAUUAUCAACAUGAUGUUUUUGAAAACAAUUUUUAUAGAUUCAAAUUUUAAAUCUAUUAUUAUCUUAAUUUUACUAUAGACGAAUUUAUUCUUUUUCUAUUUGUCUCCAAUUUUCAUUCGCUUGUUGAAAAAAAAAUUUUCCCCUGAUACAUACAUUUACCUUCACACUUUAAUUUAAUUGUUUAGGCUAGAAAAUGUAAUUAUACGAAAUAUACGCUUGUGUUACGUGUCACAUAUAACGUGAACGUAAAAUUUACUUUUAUCGUUUAUUCUAAGUG